CCCGCGCGCGGGUAGGAGUGGCGCUCGGCCGAGAGUCUUUGGCGGUUUGCGAUUCCACCCAGGACUCGCAAGAGCACGGCCACUUCCUUUUUCUCCCCACGCUAGGGACUUAUUCCUCUACUGGGCUGGCUUCCCGUUAGGGGUUCUGUCCGCGUUCUUGCCCCAGCGUGACUUUCUUCAGGGCGUGGUUGCAGGAGCCUCACGCGGCAGCUCCGUGCCCAUGAAGAUCUCGCUGGUGACCCUCCAGCCCCGCCACCAUGAACGGGACCCUGAUCCCCCAUACGCCCAUCGCGGUGGACUUUUGGAGCCUGCGCCGGGCUGGUUCCGCACGGCUCUUCUUUUUGUCCCACAUGCACUCGGACCACACCGUGGGUUUGUCUAGCACCUGGGCCCGGCCCCUCUACUGCUCCCCAAUCACUGCUUACCUCGUGCAUCGUCACUUACAGGUAUCCAAGAAGUGGAUCCGAGCCCUGGAGGUUGGUGAGAGCCAUGUCCUGCCUCUAGAUGAAAUUGGGCGAGAGACCAUGACUGUAACCCUCCUGGAUGCCAAUCACUGCCCCGGCUCUGUCAUGUUUCUCUUUGAAGGAUACUUUGGAACCAUCCUCUACACAGGUGACUUUCGGUAUACACCAUCCAUGCUAAAGGAGCCAGCCCUGAAACUAGGGAAACAGAUCCAUACCUUAUACCUAGAUAACACCAAUUGCAACCCAGCCCGGGUUCUUCCCUCCCGACAAGAAGCUGCCCGCCAGAUUAUCGAGCUCAUUCGAAAGCAUCCACAGCAUAACAUAAAGAUUGGACUCUAUAGCCUGGGAAAAGAGUCACUGCUGGAGCAGCUGGCCCUGGAGUUUCAGACCUGGGUGGUAUUGAGUCCUCGGCGCCUGGAGUUGGUGCAGCUUCUGGGCCUGGCAGACGUGUUCACGGUGGAGGAGAAGGCCGGCCGCAUCCAUGCCGUGGACCACAUGGAGGUCUGCCGUUCUGCCAUGCUACAUUGGAACCAGACCCACCCUACCAUUGCCAUCCUUCCCACAAGCCGGAAAACCCACAGCUCCCACCCUGACAUCCACAUCAUCCCUUACUCGGACCACUCCUCCUACUCGGAGCUCCGGGCCUUUGUGGCAGCACUGAAGCCUUGCCAGGUGGUGCCCAUUGUCGGUCGGCAGCCCUGCAGGGACUACUUUCAGGACAGCCUGAGCCCCGGGCUCUCUGUGCCCCUGGUCCCGCACUCUGUGCAGCAGUAUAUGAAUUCCUCCUCAAGAAAACCAAGCUUGCUCUGCCUGUUGUUAGAAAGGAGACUAAAGAGGCCGAGAACCCAGGGUGUCGUGUUUGACUCCUUUCCGGAAACUGCUGAUCAAUCUCAAGGUGACAUGGACUCGCAGGAGGCCAAGAAUGACAACCUUUCUGGGCACCUCGAGAAGCAGGCUUCCCACCGUCCUUUGCAGAUCAAAAAACCGUUGCUUCCGGACCUCUGCAGCAAAGAGUGGGAUGGGGCAGUCCCUUUCUCAGAGUCCCAGAAGAUGGUGACUGUACUGACUGCCCCCUUGAAUGUGUCAGUGCACUUACGGUCUACAGAUGAGGAAUUUAUGUCUCUAGAAACUGGGGAGGAAAUUGGUGUGUGGCCCCACUCGGUCCCCAGGGGAAACCAUGAUGGCUUAGCAGCCACAGGGAACCAGAGCACUUGGACGGGCCCGGAUUGUCCCCUGACUCACGGCAGCGAGGCAGCCCCUCUCCUGGCUCCUGAGUUCAGGGGCCUGGCACUGAAAUACCUUCUGACUCCAGUGAACUUUUUCCAGGCCCAGUUCUCUUCCAGGGGCUUUGACCAGCAAGUGGAAAAAUACCAUAAACACUUGCUGAGGUACAGGGAGGAGAAUGACACCUUCGUUUGAUCCAACACCGUGGUUGUAAAGAUAGUGACCCAUGGCUGCUGGAGAGACUUUGUUUUGGGCCUUACUUUUCUAAAAAUAUUUUUUUUACAUUUAUUCAUUUUUGAGAGAUAGAUGGAGCACGAGCGGGGGAGGGACAGAGAGAGCCAGGGAGACAGAAUCCGAAACAGGCUCCAGGCUCCGAGCUGUCAGCACAGAGCCCGACACGGGGCUCGAACUCACAGAUCACGAGAUCGUGACCUGAGCGGAAGUCAGACGCUUAACCAACUGAGCCACCCAGGCACCCCUAGGCCUUACUUUUCCAUCUUCACAGGAUCCCCGUGGGCUCACAAAGUGUGUUCAUUGGAAUCCUAGUGCCCAUGGAGCCAUUAGUUUCAUGGUUGGCUACGUUUAAGUAACACUUUUCAGGGGCGCCUAGGUGGCUAAGUCGAUUGAGCAUCUAACUCUAUUUCAGCUCAGGUCAUAGUCUCACAGUUUCGUGGGCUCCAGCCCCACACGGGGCUCUGUGCUAAUGGCAUGGAGCCUGC